AUGGAGCUGCCAGAAAGAUCCCCAUGGGGACCAUGGGCUGAGUUUGGCCGUGGCAUCUGUGGAGCAGAAGAGGCUGUCGCUGCUACGAUUGACCAGAUCCUCACCGAUGGUGGCACGCUGCUGUGGCAGAAGUAUCUCGAGAGGAAGGCCUUCUCUUUCGCCUCCAAUGCCAUCUCCGACGCCUUGGUCAGCCGGCUUCGGAUGUGCUACGUGAGCCAUGAUGCAGGGGAACUUGCAGAAGACGGGGCGCUGCGAGGCCCGGAGUGGAACAUAGAAGAGGCGCCGGGUCGCUGA